AUGUGGUUCAUUAGAGGUGUUUGUUCAUCAGAGGUGUGUGGUUCAUUUGGGGUGUGUGGUUCAUCAGAUUUGUGUGUUUCAUCAGAGGUGUCUGGUUCAUUUGAGGUGUGUGGUUCAUCAGAGGUUUGUGGUUCAUCAGAGGUGUGUGGUUCAUUUGAGGUGUGUGGUUCAUCAGAGGUAUGUGGUUCAUCAGAGGUGCGUGGUUCAUUUGAGGUGUGUGGUUCAUUUGAGGUGUGUGGUUCAUCAGAGAUGUGUUGUUCAUCAGAGGUGUGUGGUUCAUCAAAGGUGUGUGGUUCAUCAGAAGUGUAUGGUUCAUUUGAGGUGUGUGGUUCAUCAGAUAUGUGUGUUUCAUCAGAGGUGUAUGGUUCAUCAGAGGUGUAUGGUUCAUCAGAGGUGUGUGGUUCAUCAGAUAUGUGUGUUUCAUUAGAGGUGUAUGGUUCAUCAGAGGUGUGUGGUUCAUCAGAGGUGUAUGGUUCAUCAGAGGUGUGUGGUUCAUUUGAGGUGUGUGUUUCAUCCGAGGUGUAUGGUGCAUCAGAGGUGUGUGGUUCAUUUGAGGUGUGUGUUUCAUCAGAGGUGUGUGGUUCAUUUGAGGUGUGUGGUUCAUCAGAGGUUUGUUUCAUCAGAGGUGUGUGGUUCAUUUGA